CUUGGUUGAAUAUGCAGGUCUUGAUCGAGUCGCUCCUGUCUCCUUAUCUUUUUAAAUGCAAAUCUUUGGCUGUAUGAAUUAGUUGACGUCACCUACCUUCAGUUUGCCAUUACUAAUAGAAGCUUGUAAACAAUCGUUAAUCAUGUGGGACACGGGCGGAUCGCCCUGAUCGCUUUUGGAGACACAGUGGCAAACCAGGAAAAAGAAAGUCUUGGAACUACAGUAAUCUGGAUUUCUCCAAAGCAGCAUGCCGAUUGCGCUCAGCCGCCAACAUGUACGUGAGCUAUCUUCUGGAUAAAGACGUGAGCAUGUACCCAGGGUCCGUUCGGCAUUCUGGCAUCAACCUGGGCGCUCAGAAUUUCGUCAACCCGCCACAGUACCCGGAGUAUGCUGGUUAUCAUGUACCCGGCGUAAAUUUGGACAAUCACCCUCAAUCGUCAGGAUCUUGGCCAUCACCUUAUGGGCCUCCCCGGGAUGAAUGGAGUGCGUACGCAGCACCUACAGGCACGGUGCACGCCAUCAACUCCUCGCCAGGGACUCUGUCUUACAACCCUGCAGAUUACAACUCCGUUCAGACCCCGGGGCCUGGCGUGAUACAGCCCUUAAACAAUAAUCUUUUGGAACAGCAUUCCCCCAAUAGCCAAAGGCGCAACCCUUACCAAUGGAUGAGGAAGCCAAGCCAGCAGCUAUCAGGAACAGAUAAAACGAGAACAAAGGACAAAUAUCGGGUGGUGUACACAGAUCACCAGAGACUGGAACUGGAAAAAGAGUUCCAUUAUAGCCGCUACAUCACCAUUCGGCGUAAAGCGGAGCUGGCUGCCAACCUGGGACUUUCCGAAAGGCAGGUGAAGAUCUGGUUUCAGAAUCGCAGGGCGAAGGAGCGAAAAAUGACGAAGAAGAAGUUACAACAGCAGUCUCAACAGGCGUCGGCCCAGUUAAGCCCGGUUCCUCCCGGGACAGCCGGUGCUCUGUCGGUUACCAACGGCGGAGUGAUGGGGGCGGCCAGCAGCGCGGUUUUACCUGGCACGGUCUCUCAGUGAACCCACACACCCUUCCUGCACCCGAAGGGAUGGAGGCAAACCGUGAACUGGUGCCUAUUCAAGCCAGGAAUUCCAGACUCUUCCGUGUCCGAGAGGUCGUUUUACAGCACUCCACACAUUCAUAAUGGCAGCGUUGGAGGUUUAGAAUCAAACAAUUUGCUUGGGCAUUUUGUUUCGGACUUCAUGCAGCAAGCAAUCAGGGCCUCAACACUAACGGAAACUGAAGAUGGCCGCGGACCUUCUGACAAUGUGAACCAAUUGUAAUUGGGAUAUUUUUUCCAGGGUCUUUCAGGCUUUAUAUUGUUGAAAUAUUUUAAUAUAGUUGUCAAAUGUUAGAUUAUAUCCGAGUCUGUGAAACACUACCAGAUGCAUUUUGACAUUUCAAAUGUGAAUUCCCUUCCCCCG